GACGACGUCACGUCGCAAAAGCCCGCCCCUUCUCCUCGGAGAAGAAGCGUCGCCAUUUUAAGUGACUGAGUUUCAUUUCACAUCGCAACUGUAGGACGGAGAACCUCAGGAACGUUUUCAACCUGUUUCUCUUUUAAACUGUUAGUGGGGAAUUGACUACUAUGAACUGAAUCUCUUCCUAAAGCCAAUCAACAAGUAGAUCAAAGUCAAGUAACGCAUAAGACAGUUGAUUUUUUGCACUGAAUGUAGUACGUUAGAGGAAAUGGCUGUGGAAAGCAUGACUGUCCAUCCAAACUCCCCAACAGCCAACCACGAACACAACAGUCUUCUCACUGACGAAAGGCAAGAAGAUGUGGAACUUGAAGAAGGCGAGUUGGAGGAUGACGGCGGAGAGGCAGAGAUGCCCAGCGGUGAGGGAGCUGAUGCCCAGGAUAAACCUCGCCGAAGCAAGGAGCACCAUGCCAGUGAAUCAGAUGAUGAAAAGUCACAUCGGCGGAAGAGAAAAAGAAAGAGAGAGAGAGAGCGUGAAAAAGAAAAAAGGAGGGCCAAGAAAAAGCGUAAAUCAAAGCACAAGCGUCACGCAUCCUCCAGCGAUGACCACUCGGACUACAGUGAUGAAUCAGAUUACAGUCCCAGUGAAAAGAGGAAGUACAGGGAAUAUAGCCCUCAAUAUCCUCCCACUUCUCAAGGAGGUUACCCUCCUGCUCCCUCUGGUCAUGGAGGUCCCAUGCCAAAGAAAGGUGGCUAUAUGAAGAUGGACAAGCAGGGGUAUGGUGGCUAUGAUGACUACGAGGAGGAAACAUAUGAAGGUGAAGAGGAUGAGGGCAUGGGUGAUGAUGACUAUGAUGAUUUCACUAAGGAACUGAACCAAUACCGCAAGGCCAAAGAGGUUGGAGGUGGUCCACGUGGCAGAGGUGGCAAAAACCGCAUGAAGAACCAGAGAGGUCGAGGCAGAGGAAUGAGGGUACGUGGUGGAAGAGGAGGAGGCAGAGGGAGAGGACGGGGAAAAAUGGGAGGAGAGAAUGAUGAUGGUGAUGGCAUGUACGGAGAUGAGAUGGAGUAUGGAGAUGAUGACUAUGACAACAUGGGUGACGAUGACUAUGAUGACUACUCAAAAGAACUGAAUCAGUACAGGAAAUCAAAGGACAGAGGGCGAGGUGGAAAAGGUGGGCGAGGUCGCGGAAGAGGCAGAGGAGGUCGAGGAAUGAACCGGGGUAGAGGGAGAAAUCGAGGGAGGGGCCGUGGAGGAGACCAAGGUCCCGAUGAAGAUAACGGCGGAGAUAUGGACAUGGGGGAUGGAUCUGGAGGCCCGAGGAGGAAUGAUCAGGAGAAACAUGGGCCGGACAAGAAGGGGAAAGCCAUCUGUAAAUACUAUAUUGAGGGCCGCUGUACAUGGGGUGACCACUGUAACUUCAGUCAUGACAUUGAGCUGCCUAAGAAGAAAGAACUCUGCAAGUUCUACAUCACUGGCUUCUGUGCACGAGCAGAAAACUGUCCCUACAUGCAUGGUGAUUUCCCUUGCAAGCUGUUCCAUACCACAGGGAACUGUGUGAAUGGUGAGGAGUGUAUGUUCUCCCAUGAGAACCUAACAGAAGAUACUCAAGAGCUGCUUGAUAAGAUGCUGGCAGAGGAUGCAGAAGCUGGUGCAGAAGAUGAGAAAGAGGUUGAGGAACUUAAAAAGCAAGGCAUUAACCCUCUUCCAAAACCACCCCCUGGUGUUGGCCUUCUCCCAACUCCACCAAGACCUACCCCAGGGGACUCCUCUGCACCCAUGGACUUUGGAAUGCCUGGUGCCCCACAUGGUAAUAUCCCUCCAAGCUGUCCAACGGCUCCAGGCCCUGGUGCUGGCCCUGUUCCUGGUCCUGGAGUUGGACCAUGCCCAGGCCCCCCUCCUCCCUGCCCAGAUGGAGGCACCUUCCAAGGGCCACCAAACCCCAAUGGUGGUCCUCCUCCACCAAUGGGUCCACCACCUGUUUGUGGAGGAAAUGCUGGAAAGAAGAUUCCAUCCUUGUUUGAGAUUGUGGUCAAGCCCACAGGACAGCUUGCACAAAAACUGGGUGUCAGAGGACCAGGUCCUGGCAAUGCUGCUGCAGGUGUUGCAGGACCUCAGGGACCUCCUGCAGGUCCCCCAGGUGCACCUCCACCUCGCUUUCCUGGGGCCCCACCACCAGGACACAUGGGUCCAGGCGGUCCUCAUGAUAUGCCUCCGAUGGGCCCAUCUAACAUGAACCAAGGCCCUCCUUCAAUAGGUACAGGACCGCCAAUGAUGCAGAACUUUGGCCAGGGAGAUGGACCACCAAACCCAGGCAUAAUGCCUCCAGGUGGUGGAACAUCUGGUAGCAACUUCUAUGAUAACUUCUACCAGCAGCAGCAAGCCAUGUCGAUAGAUGGAGGUGGAAGAGAUGGUGACAACUUUCAAGGUGUGGGUGGUGGAAACUUCAAUGAUCAGUCAUCUGGGAAACAGAACUCUGGAAGCAUAGAGGGUGCAGCUAAUGUAGGCCCUUCUAAUCAGCCUGGGAUAGCAGUGCCAGAUUUCCUGCCCCCAACACAGCGUGUGCUGUUUAUGAGACUCCAGCAGAAACAACAGGAGGAUGAGGAGAGAGCCAGGAGGCUGGCUGAAGGAGGAGGAACUGAGAGGGAGAAUGAAGGAGAUUCAGCAAACUGGUAUUCCAGUGACGAUGAGGACGGGGGUGGCAGUGUCACUUCCAUUCUCAAAACCUUGCGGCAACAAACCCAGUCCCAAGGCCCUGCCAAGCCGGAUGGAGCUCCUAGUGACCCUCGUCUACAAAAGUCUCAGCCUGCACAGGCACCCAGCCGACCAGCAGACCCCCGACUGGCACGAGACCCACGUCUACCCCGCAGCACAGACUCCUCUCAGGCACCUGAAGCCAGUGCUUCAUCCUCUCUAUCUCCUACCCCUUCAGACCCCCGUCUUGCCCGGCAUGCAGCCACCCAUGCCCCUAAACCAGAGCCCCCAUUUGUGUAUAAACCCCCGCCGUUGACCACCCCAGCCAGUAAUGAGGAAGAGGAGGGUGAGAGAAUGCUGAGGGACAAGCCCGUGCCCAUUCCCCUUGACCCUUUAAUGGGCAUGGCUUUGCGUGAUCCCCGCUCCCAACUACAGCAGUUCAGCCACAUCAAAAAGGAUGUAGUACUGAGCAAGCCUUCAUUUUCUAAGGCAGUGCUGUGGAGUCCUGAAGACCUCAUCCCUAUUCCCAUUCCUAAACAAGACUUGCUCCCUUUGCCCCCUGGCAUCCCUCCAGUUACCGCCAUGGAUCCUCGUCUGUCACGCACACAGCCCCAGCACCACUCCGUUUCUCUCCCUCCUACUGUUCCUUCUGAUGAGCAGUCGAAUCAAUCCUCCUCUUCCCUUCCAGACUUUGAGUUGCUCUCCCGCAUCCUUAAAACUGUCAACGCCACUUCAUCCAGCCCUUCUCAAGGCACUUCCACAGGAAUCUCAUCACCUCCGUCCGUCUCGGCCGAGAAGUCUGUUGACCCUCGCAUGACACGAAAAGCCCCUGCCGACCCCCGACUCCAGCCUCAAAAAUCUGCUCUUAAGUCCACUUUGGAGGCAUCUGCUCCUCAAGGAUCUCCCCCAGCUGUCUCCUUAUCUCCACCUUCCUCCAGCCCCACCAUUGCACCGUACGACCCACGGCUGCUAUCAGCAGGAGGGUCCGUUCGAGGUGUGGGUGCUGGCAGUGUAGGUAGCGGCGGCAGCAGCAGUAGCGUGCUGAGCGGCAUCAGUCUGUACGACCCUCGGACUCAGGGCUCAGACAAGGCAGAGGGUUCAGGGGCCCCUAGAAACACUAGUCCUCCCCCUGAGCCCAAGUCAAGUGAAAGUACAGCGACUACAUCUAAACCCAAGUCUAAAGAGCCCCUGUUUGUGCGCAAGUCUGCACUGGACCAGCCAGAACCAGAGAAGAGCUCGGCGGAACAGACUACGGAUCGCUACAACAGCUACAACCGCCCUCGACCCAAACCUUCACCUUCGCCCAAUGCUGGGACUGCUGCAGGGGCCCCUGUUACAGGCAGUCCAUCUGCAGCUGGUCAGGGCCCAGCUUGUUCUGCAGAGCAGCCUGCAGGAGUCCACAACCUUCCUGUAUCCACAUUGUUCACCAUGGUAAAGCAGGUCAACAAACCUAGCGGCACUGGCAGCCCGUUUGGUGGCAAUAGCCCCGCGCAGCCUGACGUGGCAGAACAGGACAAUGCCUCUCUAAAAGACGUUUUUAAAGGCUUUGACCCCACAGCGUCACCGUUUUGCCAGUGAACUCAACUGUGUCGUUGUGAGCCGCUUAAGGACUUUUAGAUGUGCGACUUCACAGAUACUCAAUAUAUAAAGACAUUCACCCUUGCCAGGUUACACACCACAGUAUUCACAUAUAGAUUUCUAUUGGACGGUUGGGAUUGGGAGGGAUUAUAUCUGUACUAGUGAGAGAAAGAUAAAAAGUAAAUGUCUAUUUUAAAACCAAAUGAGAAACGUUUAAAUAAAAUGUUCAUUUUAAGGACCUCUAUCGGUGUGUACAUCAAGAAACACUGAAUUACAUCAAUUUCGGCAUUACGAAAGACCAACAUUUUCAUCAGCCUAUACCAAACAGGUUCAUUGGAUUAUGAUCCAUUACCCCCACCAUAUCAUCCUGCUUGAGUUUGCCGGCUGACUUUUUCGUUCCACUUGGCUUUAGGGAGACUUCAUUUACUGCCACUCCCUUUGCCUCCUGCGGUGGAGCUGAACUAGUCCAUGUUGUUCAGCGGCACAUUUCAUUUGCUUUCCACCAGUGAUUUAGAUCCUUUUAAGAUGUUUUAGCUCUGUUUCCUCUCUGCUUAGACUAGUUAGCUCAUUUUUCAUGUCUGUAUGGAUGCCCCUUAUAUUCCUAUUGCUUUAAAUUCAUGUUUAGUCUGUUGAGGCCACUCUGGAGAUGAGACCUACUGUUGUACGUGUUUGUGUCACAGAUGAUUUUAAUUUAUUUUUUAUACUUAAGCGGUCUGCUCUUUUUUUUCUUUUCUUUGUAACGUGUCUGUCAGAUUGAACCAUUUUAUGAAUGUGUGUGUGUGUG